UAGCCGUGCCUAGGAUCGCUUCAGCGGGCCAGCUGCCUGCCCCGGGCCGGGCUCCGAGUGGAGGAGACGGAACGUGCACCCCGCCCCCACCUGUGCCCCAGCGCAGUCGCCCCAGUCACCUUCCUUCGCCCUUCUCCGACAGCACCUUGCACCGGCCCCCGCCCGCUCCGGGGAGGAAAAACUGAAGCCAGCCUGCCGGGGCGCUGGGGACGCGCUGCCCGCCUUCGCAGCGGCUUGGGAAUUCAGUCACCUUGAUACCUUGCUUCCCAGGGACUUGCAAGGAAGGGAGCAGGAACUGACAGCUGGCUGACAGAAAACUCAUCCAGAGAGAGGAGAGACCAAAAUGCAGGAUGAAAUGAUGUUUUCAGAAUUUACCUCUGAGUUGGGACUCACACUACCAGCGACUUCUUGAUUGGUGCAUUCCUGAGUUUCAGGGUCUCACUCUGUAGUCUUGGCUGUCCUGAAACUGUUAUGUAGCCCUGGCCGCCUCAGCAUCCAGAGUGCUGGGAUUCAGGACUGGAGUGACAGACAUGUGUGGCCAUUCCCAGCGGUAUAUUUGGGUCCUGGAGAAUCAAACUCAAGACCCUGUAAGGAGAACGUGAAUAAGAAUUGGGGCAGUGAUUCUGGCUAAUCUUCCCCUUCUUUGACAAGCAGGGACUGGCCUCUGACCUUUGGAAAGAUGGAUGAAAGCCCGGAAGUUUCAACAGACGGUAAUUCUUUGAUCAAAGCAGUUCAUCAGAGCCGGCUCCGCCUCACGAGACUUUUGCUAGAAGGUGGUGCCUACAUCAAUGAGAGCAAUGACCGUGGGGAAACACCUCUAAUGAUUGCUUGUAAAAGCAAACAUGUCGACCACCAGAGUGUCAGUAAAGCUAAGAUGGUUAAGUACCUUUUGGAGAACAGUGCCGAUCCCAACAUACAGGACAAGUCUGGGAAAACGGCUCUGAUGCACGCCUGCUUAGAGAAGGCUGGUCCCGAAGUGGUGUCCUUGCUGCUCAGGAGUGGGGCUGACUUCAGCUUGCAAGAUCACUCCGGUUACUCAGCUCUGGUUUAUGCUAUAAAUGCAGAGGACAGAGAGACCCUGAAAGUACUCCUCAGUGCCUGCCAGGCAAAAGGGAAAGAGGUCAUCAUCAUUACGACAGCAAAGUCUCCUUCUGGCAGGCACACUACCCAGCAGUACCUAAAUGUGCCCCCAGCAGAUAUGGACGCGAGCGAGUCCCCAGUCACUUGCACCACGCCAUCAGAAAUAGACAUCAAAACUGCCUCUUUGCCAUGCUCACAUUCUUCCGAAACCGACCUGACCCUUUUUGGCUUGAAAGAGCGGGAGCUGUCGGGAAGCAGCGAUAACCCUUGGGACCCAGGUUCCCCCGUGAGAAAGCCUGUGAUGGCCACUAAUGGGCCCAAACUCCCCCAGGCUCCAGCCUGGGUUAAGAGUGCUCCAUCACUAAAGCUUCAGAACAGAGUGGCCUCCUUGCAGGAGGAACUCCAAGACAUCACUCCAGAGGAGGAAAUUUCCUACAAAACCAACGCACUGGCACUUUCUAAGCGAUUCAUCACUAGGCACCAAAGCAUUGAUGUGAAAGAUACUGCACAUUUGCUCAGAGCCUUUGAGCAGGCCAACUCAAGGAAAAUGUCAUAUGAUGAAAUAAAUUAUCAGUCUUCAUUUCCAGAAGGAGGUCAGCCAUGCACUGAAAUCCCCACUGACCAGGACCCAGACUCUAACCAGACAAUAUUUGCUUCCACCUUGAGAAGUAUAGUUCAAAAACGAAACUCAGGGGCCAAUCACUAUAGCUCCGAUUCCCAACUCUCAGAGGGGGCUACACCUCCUACUGUAGAAGAUGGCAAAGUGGGAAAGAAAAAGAUCUUUUCACCAUCUCCUUCUUUGUCGUCAGCGUCCAAAGAAUUGCUGGAGAAUGUACCCCCAGGCCCCUUGAGCAGGAGAAACCAUGCUGUUCUAGAAAGGCGUGGCUCCGGGGCUUUUUCUUUAGAUCACAGUUUUGUGCAGAACAGACCCGGGUUUCUGCCCCCCUUAAAUGUAAACGCCCACCCUCCCAUGGCAGACAUUAGUGUCAACAACAAGAUCUGCAGCCUUUUUUCUUGUGGUCAAAAAGUGCUUAUGCCAACUGUUCCUAUGUUCCCAAAAGAAUUCAAAAGCAAAAAGAUGUUGUUAAGGAGACAGUCAUUGCAGACAGAACAAAUAAAGCAAUUAGUAAAUUUUUAAGAGGUGGCUAGGAAACACAUUAUCUUCAAGUGUCUCAAUCAGAGAAACAUAGACCUAGAGAAGAAAUCUUAAGUGUGUAUCCUUGUAAGUCUUAAUUAGUCCAUCACAGUUAGCAGAUCAAACUAUAGUGCAUUUUGUAUUAGGCCCUGUGAAUCCACAGAUAAAUAAUAUAUAGUUUCUGCUAAAGGGAUUCUCAAACAAAUGGAAGCUAUUUUUUGCAAAACUCAUAUUUAUCAGCCUUCAUGUGGUCCAAGUUUUCCACUGAAGUGAAAAUCAGCAGAGAAACAAAGUAUCAUAUGCUAGACAGCACUUUUUAAACUUAAGAUUGGCUUAACAUUUUAUUAAGAAAUAAUAUUUUCAAGUCAGUAAUGUAAUAUUUUGUGCCAACAAGGUUGUAAUGUUUCAUGAUAUCAAAAGCCUAAAAGAACACUGUAGCAACAAUAAUCCUAAACCACAAAGGGAAGAAUGAACAAAUUAUUUUUAAAAUGUUACCUGCAAUGCAGGAGGUAAAAAAUAAAUAAAUUUGAAGAUAAACACUGAAGUUAGAGCAAGCUACAAUGUCCCAUUAAAUCAGUGUCAUACGGGAAAUAAGAGUUACAAACUCUUAGUCACGUACACUGAGCUACGCUGGCUUUGCUAUACUUUAUUUUUAAACAGACUUUCUGCAGUGUGGAAUUAUCCCCUCUCCCUAUCUUUUAAUUCUUGUUUUGUUUUUUUUUUAAGAAUCCUAGCCAUAAGUUUCCAUCUACAAAAAUGUAAAAGUAUUCACCUUCAUGUAUAUCAAAAUAUUCUUGUCUUCCAAAAAAGAAACAACAAAGACAAAAAGAAAUGCAAAAAAAAAAAGUUUUGGUAUGUAUUGAAAACGGAAACUAAACGCUUGCUUCAUUAAAAAAAACUGAUUAGUAGAUUAGCCUAGGUUAGCUAAAAUUACAAAAGCCAGUAGAAACUUAAUCAUAAAAAUUAUUAAAUAUUGGGCAGUAUUAAGCAUUAUCAUUUUUUUAUUUCCGAGAUGUAGUUAUUAGACAUUCAUACAAAGAUAUAUAAGGAUAAUUUCCUUAGUGUGACGUUCCAGUCAUCUGGUAAGUUAGGGCCUGUGAAUAACUUAACAAAAUAAAUGGUAUUAUAAAUGACUAUAUUAUCUACAUGAUUUCCAAGUGUGGUGUCAAUCUAGCAGUUCUAAAGCAAAGGGAAAGUCAGAACUACAGCUGCGGGUGCUGAUCUGAGUAUUGUCGUGUAUAGCUUUAUUUCUGUACCUAACAGGUGGUGCGAGGCUUUCUGGGUGUUUUAAUAUAAGCAAGUUGAAAUGUACAGUGAUUAUCUAAUUAUUUGUGGCUUUUAUUUUAAAAGGCAAUCAGAGGUUUUUUCCAUUUAAUGUUUUGAAUAAAAUAUUAAUUACACUA